UAGUAUAAACUUCCGUUUCCGGUACACGAGAGACAGUGAUGUUAUUGCGCAAAAGUCACAGUUUGUGGUUAUUUUAGGCAGUAGUUUUGUGUUUUAAGAGACAAGUAUACAGCAAAAUGGAAGAAGCUAGUUUGGAUGACUUUUUUGCUAAGAAAGACAAAAGCAAAAAGAAGUCGAAAUCCUCUAAAAUCAUCCCUAGUGACAUUCUUGAAAAAACAGACGAGCCGGUAAAAAAAGAGAAAAAGAAGAAAGUAAAAGAGAAGACUCAGAGUUCUACAAAUACAACAAAAGACACCGAUACAAUUGGAUUAACAGUAAACCCAGAAGAGGAAGAAGAAUGGAAAGAAGUUGAAGAAGAGAAGGAAAAAGAUUACUCUGGUUUAAGAAUAGCAAAUCUACAAGUGACAGAAAAAGAAAAUGAAGAAACAGAAGAACAGACAGUAGAAAAUGUAGAAGAGGAGGACGAAGAUGGAGAGGGGAAGAAAAAGAGGGACACAGGGCAACAGGGGCCUUGGGUGAAAUCUGACAAUGUUCCACAGCAACCUGUUACCCCUAAACCAGCAGAACCUCAGCCAGAAGAAGCUCCAAAAGAAGAGCCAAAACAGACACCAGGCAAAUAUAUUCCGCCCAGUCAACGUGCUGCUGCGGCAGCUGCUGCAGGCGGUGCUACUCCAGGGCCAACUAUUCCAGCUCAUUUACGGAAGAAAAGAGCAGCACCAAAUUUAAAAAGCGAAGAAGACUUUCCAACACUUGGUGGUGGUCCGAUGCCAGUACAACAAGACAGUGAUCCAAGAAGUUUUGAACGAGUGCAGCACGGAGGUCGACAGAUGGAUGAUCCAACUAAAUCCUCACAACAAUUAUCAUUAGGAAAUAAAUUCUCUGCUCUUCAAGAUUGAUGAACAUUCAAACAUUAUAAGCAUUCAAAUUGUUCAUGCCAUAAUUAGAACAUCUGCAAAAAUGGAAAAAAAUAUUUUACCUCCAGUGUCAUUUGUUUAACAAAUGCCCUGAGCUGUGCAGAAAAUUGUUGUGCUUAAAAUAUUAAACAACUUAAAAGCAAUUUUCUGUUCGGCUAUAAAUAUUUAUUACUCGAGUCACUAUCAAAUUAAGAAAUAUUGCAAACAUGGCUUGGUCAAAAGGAAUUCAUGUAUUUUACAUUAUAUAUUACUAAAAAAAAAAAACAUACACAAAACAAACACGCAUCAGAUUUGAAGAAAGUUUUUGUAUGUCUGCAUAUUCUACACUAUUAGUUUCUUUUUGGAGACUAUUAGUUUCUUUUUCUUUUUGGAGACUAUUAGUUUCUUUUUGGAGGCAGAUUUUGUAGGUUAUUUUGUUUUUCCAUUAAGUUCUAAUCAUUGUGGCAUAAAACUUCCGUAUUCCAUAGGAAUUAUAUUGUUAAGUGUAUCUGAUAGUUUUUCCUGAUGUCUGAAAAAAAGAUUUUGAAAAAAAUUGGGAUAUUGUCAGAGGUUUUAUAUUUUGUUUGAGGCAAAUGUUGGGGUACAAUUCGGGGAGUCUGAAACUUUAAUUAAACAAGUGAUUGACGUUUUGAUAGUCUAAGUGAGAUAUUUAGUGCUUUAUUUUGCUCAUUAGAAAUUACUAGAAUGCUGUUGUAAGUUACAAGGAUACUGUAUGUCUUACUAACAGAUGUGUGAAAAAGUUUUUGAGAACAUUUAUGAGAUGUUACAAAGUUUCUCAGUUAAUUGAAUGAAUUUUUGAAUGGUAUGAAUUGUGGGUAUUCUAUAUACUGUCAUUGUUAUAUUGUUGUUUAUUGGUGAGGAUUGUGUCAAAAGUAUCCAGAAAUCAUGAUCUGGUAGAAAAAGAAUGUAACAUUCCGUCUACGAUAGUUUAAAAUGAAGUUUUAAAGUAUUCAUUGUUCCAUUACAAUAAAGCAGUGUUAUAUUUUUUUUGAGAAAUUUCUCAAACCUCCUUUAAAGUAAAGAAAGUAGUUUUUUAUACUUCAUAAAUCUGUUUUUGAGAACUGGUCAAAUUAUUGACUUGGGAAACUUUGGUAUAUAAAUAUUUUUUUUUUUUUUUUUUCAGAACAGAAUUCAUGUUUGCUUGUACAUUUUACUAUUACAGUACCAUAGUAAGAUAAUUUAUGCCUUCUGUGUGUCGAAUGUCAAACAAAGUGCUUUAUUUGGAUUUAAUCAAAAUGCUGGAUAUUGAGGAGAUUUUAGUUGAAGAAUAACCUUUGAUCUCAAUGUUCAAUUUCAUCUUGGGUUAUUACCAGUAAGGUUUACUGGCUAAAAACUUGUUAACCUUGAUCAUUUCCUGCUUAAAUUAUUUUGAAAAUUCCUGAAAGUCAGAAUGGCUAGACCUGUACUUGUCUCUCUGAUCCAUACAUUGGAGACAAUAUUGAAAAAGUAUUAAUUGCCCCUUUACUGUAUAAUUUUGCAAAAUAUUUUUGUAUAGCUUCAAUUUAAGAUGUAUGAGAAAUUUAUGCAUUAUAGAUAAAUCCUUGUUUUAGGCAUGGGUUAAUUGAUAAAGCAAGGGUAGAAUCUAUCUGCAAUAGAAAAAAUGAGUUUUCAUGUGUUUUGACAAAGUGUGAAUUUACUUAAGUUAUCACUCAAUGUGAGAUAUGUAUUUAAUUACAGAAUUCUGUCCAUAAAAAGAUAUUCAGAUACUCCCCCUUCAUUGGCUAUGUAGCUCUAAGUGUUGAUGAAAGGCUGUGUAAGCUUGGAUUGCUGAAACUAUUGAGGACAUUAGUAGCCCAAACUCUUGUUUUUGUUAUUAACAUUAAUUGAGUUGCCAUUUUUAAAAGUGCUAAAUGUUUUCUAUUGUCACCUUUAUAUUAUGUAUUAAAAUGUGCCGUUUACUAAAGUAAAUCAUGGCUCAGUAUAUUAUUAAAAGGCAUUUUUAUUUUAAUCUUUAAGAAUAAUUGAUUCUGUACUGAGUGAAUAAAAUUGCUGUAUACAUGUAUCGAAUGGUUUCUUUUGAAGUGAGUAAAUGCAUGCUGUAUUUUACAGUGAUAGAAUCUUCAUUAAAAGUGUGUUUACUGUCAAAAAUGCACUGUCUUCUGUAGUUCUUUAUUUUACAUCCAGGCUUUACUUGGCAAAAUAAAAUCUUAAGCUUUUUUCACAAAUUUAAGAAUGCAGUAAGUAUUUUGGCUGAAAAUGUGUGUGUUAAAAUGCAAUUAUGAAUGUACAUUGAAAGUUUAUUCUGUAGUUGGAAGCACUUGGUAAGAGUUUACAUUAUUGAUUAAACCAGUAUGUGCAGAUCUAAGAUAUUAUUUUUUAAUUCAAUCAUGGUUAUUUAGUAGAUAAAUCCAAUGUUACUAAAAAGAUGCACUUUGUAUAGCAGAGGGUGUGUUGAUUUCGCACUGUUUACAUACUUAUAGUAAAUCUUUAUAUAUCAUAAGUGUCUACUAAAAAAAUGGUUAAUCUAAUUAAGUAACACUUCAUGUAUUUAUGUUGUAGAAGAGCAUGUUGAACUAGUAGGACUAAAUUAUGUGAAAGGUAUAAUCAUCUGAAAUUGACACCAAUAUGAAUAACAGCCUCUCUUUAAAGAAAGGUCCAAAUAAGGGUAUAGGUGAAAUAAUUUUAAUUUCCCUGAACAGUUCAAAAUAAGACUGGUUUUUGAAAAAAUAUGAAUUUUCUAGGUUUUUAUGACUUUUUACUGCAAUUACUUUGUUUUGAGAAAUGUAAGUUCUUAAAGAAUAGUCAAUUAUGAAAUGAUUUUUUAAGAGUUUGAUGAAUAUAUAUGUAAGUUUAACUUAUUCCACUAUAUUUUGUUGUAUUCAUUGUAGUUUAUGGAAAGAACAUCAAAGAUAUCGACCCAUAAGGAAAUGUUCAUGACUAUCAUAUAUCAUACUUUGCAGAACUUUAGAUAUGGAAUGAUAGUAUCAGGAAAGAAGAAAUGGAAAUAUUAAAUAAAUUGAUAAGA